AAACGUAGCAACAAUUCAUACCACUCACAUCGUAGGAGCGAGCAAGCGUACUCCCUUUACGCCCGUAUAAUUUCCGUCUUAUCAGCGAAAUACGACCGAUGCGUUAUUCAGGAAAGAGAAUUUAAAGCUUUUAGAUAAGAUACCAAGUACAUUGUGUUUUUUUAUGUGUUAAGUGUUAUUAUUUGAAUGUAGUUUUCAUAGAUUCUCGGCGUAUUUAGAUGCGGAUGGUUGGUGAGUUGCGUGGACUUUCAGGAUAGGGCAACAGUGGUCGUUUAAACUUCUCCUCGUUUAUUGUAAAACUUUAGAGUGACUUUGUAGUUAACGUUAAAUUGUCUGUAAAUUUAGCAAAGAUGAGCGCUGGAAUCGCAAAGGCGGCGAAGCCAUCGACUCAUGUCGAUCCUAAAUCUGCUCCUCUUAAAGAGAUUCCCGAUAUCUUAGUGGAUCCCAGAACCAUGAAACGAUACAUGAGGGGUCGCUUUCUGGGAAAGGGAGGAUUUGCAAAAUGCUACGAAAUUACGGACAUGAACACAAAGGAGGUUUUCGCAGGGAAAGUGGUCCCGAAGUCGAUGCUACUGAAGCCGCACCAGAAAGAGAAGAUGAGCACAGAAAUCGCCAUUCACAAAAGUCUCGAUAACCCACACGUCGUGGGGUUUCACGGCUUUUUCGAGGACGACGAUUUCGUUUAUGUGGUGUUGGAGAUCUGUCGAAGACGGUCUCUCCUCGAGUUGCACAAGCGAAGAAAGGCCGUAACGGAGCCUGAGGCAAGAUACUUCAUGCGCCAGACUAUCCAGGGUUGUCAGUACUUGCACAACAACCGAGUCAUCCAUCGUGAUCUUAAACUGGGGAAUCUGUUUAUCAAUGACGAUAUGGAUGUAAAGAUUGGUGAUUUUGGUUUGGCUACAAAAAUCGAGUUUGAUGGGGAGCGAAAAAAGACCUUGUGUGGCACUCCAAACUACAUUGCACCGGAGGUGCUUUGUAAGAAGGGCCACAGCUUUGAGGUGGAUGUGUGGUCGCUGGGAUGCAUUCUAUACACACUUUUGGUUGGAAAGCCUCCAUUUGAGACGUCCUGUCUGAAAGAGACCUACAUCAGGAUUAAGAAAAAUGAAUACACUGUUCCUAGACACAUUAAUCCAGUCGCAGCUGCUCUGAUUCGUCGGAUGCUCCAUGCUGACCCCAACCUCAGACCUUCUGUUUCCGAGUUGUUGGCCGAUGAGUUUUUUACUUCCGGUUAUGCUCCCAUUCGUCUGCCCACAUCCUGUCUCACUGUACCUCCCAGAUUCUCCAUCGCCCCUUCCAGCCUGGACCCUGCUCUCCUCCGCAAACCCCUCUCAUCACUUAAUAAAGGAACUGACAGUCCAAUUGAGAAAAUGGGCAAGGUGGAGCAGCCACAACAAGACAUCCAGCAAAGGGAUGGACCUGAACAGCCGGAUAGCCAUCUGACCGAUAUGUUGCAACAGCUGACAACCCUUAACACCGCAAGGCCAUCUGAAAGAGACUUUGUUAGACAAGAGGAAGCUGAGGAUCCUGCUUGUAUUCCCAUCUUCUGGAUUAGCAAAUGGGUUGACUACUCUGACAAAUAUGGCCUUGGUUAUCAAUUGUGCGAUAACAGCGUUGGAGUUCUGUUCAACGAUUCCACACGAUUGAUCAUGUACGCAGAUGGCGACAGCCUGCAGUACAUAGACCGUAACACUGCAGAAUCCUACCUCAGCGUGCGCUCCUACCCCACGGCGCUCUCCAAAAAAAUAACCCUCCUCAAGUAUUUUAGGAAUUACAUGAGCGAGCAUUUGCUAAAGGCGGGGGCGAACAUCACACCCCGUGAUGGCGAUGAGCUCACCCGACUACCUUACCUCCGUCACUGGUUUCGUACAAAGAGCGCCAUCGUGCUUCACCUCAGCAACGGCACCGUGCAGAUCAACUUCUUCCAGGACCACACUAAGCUCAUUUUGUGCCCUCUGAUGGGAGCGGUGACCUACAUCAAUGAGAAACGAGAGUUCUGCACCUAUAAAAUGAGCCUGAUCGAAGAGUUCGGCUGCUGUAAAGAGCUGGCCAGUCGCAUACGUUACGCUCGCAACAUGGUAGAAAAGCUCAUGGCCUGCAAAAACACGCCUACACCUAUGGCCGCUACCUCAGCCCGCUGACGCAAUAACACGACUGAACGCAAAAACGUGAGGUCACAAUCAACUCCUCGCUUGACUUUGGGGGCUUUUAAAUGUUCCAGCAGCAAAACGUGUACAGUUUUGUGGGUUCUACACUAUAAAUCUUCCUUCAGAUCUGUUGUUUACCCCUUUGUGUUUCUGGGUUGGAACGUUUGUGACCUUGCAAGCUGUCUGUAUCAUGUGAAUGCUCUUUGUACAUGUUUUAAUAUUUUUAAAACUUGUCUGUUUACUUUUGACUGUUCUUUGUAUAAAAACUUUGGAAAUUAAUCUUUAAGUGUAUUGAGUAUAUUUGAAAUGCCUUAUUCCAGAUUAAUAAAGAUCUGUUUUUAGA